AUGACGGCAGUAGGCUCUGCACCGGGCCCAUCAGAGCCAUCUGCACUACCACCACCAUCAUCCUCCGCCUUGCCCGACGCACAAGAUGGUGUUGGUCUGCCUUUCCCCGAUGUCGCACAGCUGACCAGCCGCUCGUCGAUCGUCCAGGCACUCGCCGAGCUCUCGCGCCAUUCUUCGGAGCUCGACGACGAGCUUGUGUCCCUCUUCGAGGAGUCCGAGCCUGUCGUCGCCGACGCCCGCCGUUCGAUCGCUUCGCUGACACCGCAGGUGCAGCUCGUCCAGGAGGAGGCUGCCGUGCUCGACCGUCGACUCCAAGCCUCGGCCUCGGUUGCCAAGCGCAUCUCUGAACGUGUGCGGCUGCUCGAUGAGGAGCGCAAGCGAAUCGCGCUCGCCGCCGAGUGGGCUCGAAAGGUCGCCGAGCUCAAGUCGUCGCUUUCGCUGCUCGCCGAGGCGGUCGAGCAUCGCGAUUGGGACAUGGCCACCAUGCACUGCCGCCGCGCCAUGGCCAUCGACCCUGCCAUCCGCUCGUCAAGCUUUGCAGCCGCCGUUGUGCCCACCACGAACCUCCCCGAGCCGCCAGAGACGACGCUGCUCGAGCUGCGCAAGACCAUGCUCACCGCUUUCACCGACGCCUUCAUCCGUUCCACGCAGAACAAGGACGAGAAGGAGGCCUCGCGCUUCUUCAAGCUGCUCCCGCAGAUCGGCUGGAAAAAGGAGGGCCUCGAGGUGUACAGCUCCUUCGCCCGGUCCAUGGUGCGCGAAAAGGGUCGCGCCAUCUCCGACUCGCUACUGCCAGGAAAGGCGCAGCAUCCCACCCACUUUGCGCUGCUGCUCACCUCGCUCUUCGAGCACCUGGCCAUGCUUAUCGACAUGCACCAGCCUGUCGUCGACCGCCACUACGGUGCGGGCAACUUUAGCCACGGCGUCAUGCCUGGCCUGCAGGACGAGUGCGAUCGUCUCGGCCACCGCAUCAUGGACUCUUGGCGCCAGGAUCGCAACGUUCGCAGGCGGCUUGACGAGGUGCAGGCAUACCGCUCUACCAGCGCCGCGAUGGAUGCCAAGACGCACCAUUCGACAUUCAAGGCAUCGUUCGGCGCGCCCGCAAGGACCGCCAGUCCCGCCGCGGGCUCGACGGCCAACAGCUCCUUCGACGAGCCCGCUGGUCCCGACGGCCGCGAAGUGGAUCGCAUUCUCACAGAGCUCGCUGCCAUGUCGUCCCGAUGGGGCCUCUACCGCCGCUUUCUGCAGGGCCGGCUAGCAGACGACCAGGAGAGCGACAAGCCGGACGCGGAGCGACAGAGCUCGCUUGACGAUCAGCGGGCGAGCCAGGCAGACGAGCCGCUGAAGGACUUUCGCCGCUCCUCGGUCGACCGACGUGGCUCAGUCGCUGGGUCGUUGGGAGAUGCUGAUACUGCAACAGAAACGCCGCCAGACUCGAUCGACCAUGCGGCCGAGUCGAAGCUCGGGCAGGAGGUGCUCGAAACGAUGAAGGGCAGCUAUAUGCCCCUGGAGACGUGGUACCUGCGCAGCAGUCUGGAAAAGGCGUUUCGGAUCGACCAGCCCGACACCACAGCACGGCCAUACACGUCUUCGAUUCUCGACGAUGCCUUUUACGUCAUCCGCACCGUGCUUGGGCGCAUCCUGUCCACGGCGUCGCUCAGCACACUCACGGACAUGGUGCGCGUGGUCAAGACGACGCUCGAGCAGGAGUACAUCGAGGUGAUCGUGCGCAAGAUGGAGACGCUCUGGCGCAGUAUCUCGGGCUCGAUGAGUGUCGAUGGUCCGCGCAAGGAUGCGGCGAGUCGAGAGAUGCGCACCGUAUUCAUCACCUAUCUCAACGUGCUCGACGUCAGUUCGCACUACAUGUCGCGCGUCCUGGCCGAGGUGGGCAACGAGCAGUCUCUCGCAAGGCUGUUUGAGCCCAAAGAGAUGGACGAGGCAUCGGCAGCGGUGGCGAGUCUCGGUCAGCUCGUGAAUCGCUUUCGCUCUUCGCUGCGUACCGAGAUCGAGCAUAUGUUUACGCAGCUCACGGCGCCGAGGCUGCGCGGAAUUUUGGUCGAGACGUAUAGGGACGUGUCAUACGUGCUGGAUGACGAGGGAUACUCGGAUGCAGAGUCGCGCGAUCUGGUUCGACGCCGCUUCGUCAAGUCCUGGGAGCUCCUGCUCGUGCACUUCCGAGGCACUUUUUCCCAGGCCAAUCUCGACACGUACGUGGGCAUGGCACUGGAUGCACUGCUCAAGCCAUGGGAAGCCAUGGUGACGGGCAUGAGGUUCACCGAACUCGGCGCACUCAAGUUCGACAAGGACCUGCGCGCUCUCAUCGGCUUCCUCACCACCCAGUCCAGCUUGCCCAUCCGAGACCGGUUCACGCGGCUACAGCAGAUCAGCUACGUGCUCAACCUCGACGCAUCCGAACACGACGCCGACCUCUACCACAACGCCGUAGCGUCAGGCAUCUCGUGGCGCCUCUCGAUGGCCGAAGUCAAAACCGUGCGCGCCCUCCGCAUCUCCCAAACGCACCCUCACAGACAGACUUCUCUGACCGGAAUUUAG